UUGGUGGUCAAAGGUCAAAGGUCACUGCAACCUCAAAAACAUGUUUUUGGCUGUAACUCAAAAUUUCAUGCACUAAUUUUGACAAAAUGUCACAGAGAUGUGUAACGAGAUGAAACGAUGCAGUGACGACUGUUACUCUGUGUGCGAGCGCUGCUUGGACGGAGACAGACGGUAUUUUGUGACAGCGAAUCAGAAAAGAGAGUAAACUUCACGGUCAAACACGGAUCCAGGUGUCCGCAGCUCCACAGACUGAAACGUAACCACAGCGAGACAGAUCCUCAUUACAUUUUUUACUGUCGUUCAUGAUCCGCAGAGGAUGAAGCCCUCCGACUUUGUGUGUUUUACUCCAACGUGUAGCUGCUGGUUAAAGAUUUACACCCCGAAACUCUGAGCUGCCCGUUUGAACAUGUUUUCAGGACUUUGUGACCCGUCACACGGUCCCUAUGUGGUUCUGGGUCGGCCUGUCGGACUGGAGGACGGGGCGGUGGGAGUGGGUCAACCAGACGCCGUACACCAUCGAGCGCAGGCGGUGGAGACCCGGUCAGCCCGACAACUGGUCCCAUUACAGUGCGGGACCCGGGACCGAAGACUGCGCUCACCUGCACGAAGACGGACGCCUUAACGACCUGCACUGCACCACAAAGAUGCGCUACAUCUGCCAGAAACACAGCGUGAGCGCCUGAACAGCAACGCUCGGCUCCAGGGACGGAUACCAUGACCUGGAUGACUGAAAACCUUCAUCAACAAAAAUUACAAAAAUUAAUUAAAAAUUACAAGAAAUUAGUAGAUUUAGAAUUCUUUAAAAAAAGGCAUAUAUAUAUAUAUAUUUAAAGAUAGGGAAAAUGUCUAUAUUCAUAACUACCAUAAUACCCCUUUUGAGGUCAUUUUCUUAUACUUGUUUGAGUCAGUUUUUAGGUGAAUUCUUCUUAAGUUGCUCUUUGGCUUCCUUUGUUCUUUUAUUUUUACAUAAAGCCAACUAAUCAGGUUUCAAAGGGUUAAACUGCACCACAGAAACAAUGUCAGUCUGUCUGAAGUUCAGAGGUCAAUAACAACAUGUGAUCUGACUUUACUGUAAACCUGCUUCAGUGAAGAUAAAUGUUCAUUUUUUUGUCUGAUGUGAACAGAAAAGAAUAAUCUUCAGAAUUUCAGUUUUUUUCUCACUUCACGUCUAAAAUCUUCUAAAACUUCAA